CUCACGGUAUGUAUCACAUCAUCAAGCACAACAAAAACACGGAAAAGAAGACUAUUGGGAAGUAUUAGUCUCUGCGAAACAACCAAAGGCCAACAUCUAUGGACCUUUUUCGAACCAUGAACUCACCGAGCCGAUUCUCCUAGAAAACAAGAGAAAGAGUCGAUAGAAUUAUAUAGUGCGCCGCACUGAAAGGAAACAGAAAGCUCACCGCAGCAGUAGCAGCUACUUAACAAUAGAGUACAAACCACACGAAGAAGAGAACGAAGCAUGUCAUCGGUUCCGACACCGCGGGAAGAAACCGUCCUGGUCGACCAGAGCAUUUCCGUGGCCGGACGCCCGCUUCCAGAACCCAAAACCAACGAAAAAAAGCAGAGCGAUGCGGCCGACAACAAACACGGAGGGGCGGAAGGAAGAGCGAGCAUCGUCCUGUUUUACCAAUACAAGGAACCCGUGUGGACCGAACCCGAAUUCCAAAAGGCCCUCAAGCUCUUCCUGGCGAUCGGCCGGAGGUUCUCGAUGACGGGCCGGGGUCGAAUCGCACCCGAGGGCGUCAACUGCACCCUUACCGGUCCGUCCGCAGAGCGGGUACGGGGCUUUUGCCAGGCCCUCCGGGACGAGUGGGGGGUGGUGGACCGCAACGACAGCAGCAGCAGCAGCAGCAACAACAACAACAACAACAAC